AUGACCCCUGUAGCAGAUUUUUGGUAUGUGAGUCUACCUACCCUCUUUGCAGUGGGUGCCCUUUUUAAGAACUACUGGGUCAUGUGGAACGCCAGAGCCUUGUUUGGGCUCGUAGCCGCCCCGUCGGCCAUUGCAAACGACAACUUGACGGUGAAGUUGUUCCAACAAAGCAUGCUCAAUAUGGUGAUGGCCAUGAAGACAAGUCUAGGACGGGUGUGCAGUGUUUUAACACUGAAUGUCAUGGAGCCCAUAUACGACUCCGUAUCAGCCCGUACACAGCCUAUGUACACCCUUGGGGUAACGAUGUUCACAGGUUCAUGUUGUGGCCUUCUGUGCACGUUAGCGGCGAUAUUGGCGGCCGUCAUUGACCGGCGUUCUGACGUACAAAAACUUAUUGAUCAUCCUCCAGGGGCUAAGGACGAUAGCAAAAAAGAGGAAUCGAAGUUUAUCCGUAUAUCUGAUGUAAGGCGAUUUCCGUCCACAUUCUGCUCAUUGCCAUCAGCUCCUCUUUCUUCUACCUGCAGCUUUUCCCCUUCGUGA